UCUUGGGCUCUAUUUAACCCUUCUCUUCCUCCACUCUCUCUCCUCAUCUUUUUUCUUCUCUAUUCAAAUCAAUUCCUCUUUGUUUUACACACAACGAAACACACAAAUGGCAUCAAAACGCCAGAGAAGCGAUGCAGAAACCGAGGAUGUGAGGGAAGGAGAAGAACUCAAACGCCAAAAGUCCUACAAUCAAAUCCUAUCCCUUUUAGAAGAACAAGAAGAACAAGAAGAAGAAAUUAUUGAUGAUUUAUCCUCAAUCAUCACCACCCUCCAACAAGAAAUCUCUUCUCCAAUCAUCCAACAAACACAAACAACACAGACUGGACUUACACACUCUGUUUCUGUUUCUCUACAAGAUUGUUCUUCAUCAUCAUCUUCUUCUUCUUCUUCUUCUUCUUCUUCUUCUUCGUCUGUAGCUAAUUCCCCUAAAUGUAUUAUCAACAAGGAGGAAUUAGAAGAAGAUGGUGAAAGAGAAAAAGUUAUGAGACACCUUCUGGAGGCUUCAGAUGAUGAACUUGGGAUUCCAAAUGGAGAGUUUUUUGUGGGUGAUAAUGGAGUUGAUGGAGUGGCUUUGUGUGAUGCUUUGUGGGAAUUGGAAGAUGAAGCUGCUAAUUACUAUACUUUGUUUCAAUCUCAGCUUUUUAUGUAGCCUUUUUCUUCUUCUAUUAUUUAUGGAAUCAUAUUGUAGGAGUAAAUUAUUCAGUGUUAGAAGAACAAUUCAAAAAAGAAAAAGAAGAGAAAAAAAAAAAAGAACAAGAAAAGGAGAGGAUUAUUAAUCAUAUUGAUUGAAAGAAGGGUUGGAAACUCAUCAUCUCUGUUCUAAGGAAAUGGGAAGAGUAGUCUGAAUUUCAAUCAUCUUAAUUAGAAUGAAAUCAACAGUUUCAACAAUCUCCUUAAUUAA